AGAUAAUACCGGGAACGGAGGGAGUAAUAAGUUAUUCAACCACAUCAAGUCACGCAACCGCGUAAUUACACACCAAAUUAUUUCACACGCUCUCUAUUUUCAACAAACUCCACUAUUCAACAAAGCUUUAUAUACGAAGUAUAUACACACAUCCAAACACGAAACAAUUCACUCAUCUAAUACCAUUUGAUUUACAUAUUAAUUGAGCCAUGAAGGGAGCCCAACUAAACGGAGCCUACUACGGCCCAACAAUCCCGCCGCCGGCGAACACCUACCACCGUCACAGCACCCGCGGCGGAGGCUGCAACCCCAUCAGCUGCCUCUGCAACUGCAUCUUCAAUUGCAUCUGCCAGCUCAUCUGCACCGCCGUCGUGAUUUUUGGCGUGUUGGUGGUGGUGCUCUGGCUCCUCUUCCGCCCAAACCAGCUCAAAUUCUACGUCGACGAGGCCACCCUCACCCAGUUCGACCUCCCUCCGACCAACAACACCCUCCACUACGACCUCGCCGUCAACAUGUCCAUCCGGAACCCGAACAAACGGAUCGGAGUCUACUACGAUUCGAUCGAAGCCUCGGCGUUCUACAAAGGUAAACGGCUCUCCACCCAAGAGAAUGUGGCGACGUUCUACCAGGGCCACAAGAACACCACUUCCUUCAAGAUCCAGCCUUUUAGGGGCUCGCAGGUUGUUUCUAUCAACGCCGGAGAUAGGGCGAGCUACGACGAGGAGAAGAAAGCAGGGGCCUACGAAAUUGAUGUGAAGCUGAGAAUGAAACUGAGGCUGAAGCUUGGGAGAUGGAUGAAGAUUGGGAAGGGGAAGACCAGAAUUGAAUGUAAUCUCAAGGUUCCAUUGAAACCCGCCGCAUCAAGCACCAAAUUUGAGAAGACGAGGUGUGAUUUGGAUUGGUAGAUGCGGCGUAUAUACAUACAUACAUUAAGUUAUGUAGAUUGUAGAUAACUGUCAGUUUAUCAUUUAUUUAUGCGCCCAUAUAUAUAUUCUUGGUAUUUGAUUGUUUUAUUAUUACCAUUGUACGAGUAUUGUUUUCGUAGACUUUGAGUCACCCAUUGCUGGGAGUUUAUCGUAGUUUACUGUAUAUAAAUAAACUAGAAGAAUGUGUUGCGUUUUUCCUUUUCAACUCGCCUUCCUACUUUUGAGUUUU